AUAACGGGAAAGGGUGCUAGUUUGCAUACGUUACCAGAUGAAUUAUUUAAACUAGGCAGUAUAACUUGACACGAGCAUGGCUGUGGAGUGCAGGAUUAGGAAGAGUGAGUGUGCUGAAGUUAGUGAGGUUAUUUUGGGUGAGCCUUACUGUGUGUCUGUGCUGAAACAUGGCUACUGUUUGAGCCAAACUGAUGGCUCUUUUCGGGCAGAUGGUAGCAUUACCUUACUGACUGGACCAAAAACUAUACUGGUGGACACGGGAGGGCCAUGGGAUCGAGACUUUCUGCUCUCUAAACUGAAGGAAAAAGGAUUGUCACCUGAUGAUGUGAGUUUGGUGGUUGGUACACAUGGCCAUUCGGACCACGUGGGCAAUUUAAACCUGUUUCCCAGAGCAACAGUAGUCGUGGGGUGCGACAUAAGCCAGGGGGAUAGAUACCUGCCCAGUAGGCUUGCUGAGGGGUCACCUUACUCCAUCGACCCAUAUGUGUCCAUCAUCCCUACGCCUGGCCAUACAGGACGUGAUGUCAGUGUUCUUGUUAAGGGAACAGUUGUGGGGCAAGUUCUUGUGGCUGGGGACCUGUUUGAAUGUUGUGCUGAUGAUGACUCAUGGAGAGAGCUUAGCGAGAACCCAGAGGUGCAGGAUGCGAGUCGGCAGACUGCUUUAAGGACUGCUGAUGUCAUCGUUCCUGGACAUGGAGCACCAUUCAGGGUGUUCAGGGAAUUGGACGGCUGAGGACUGUAAAUAUGUCCAAACCACUGAAGUACAGUUGGGUUUGUGGUGCAGGUGAAGUCUAAUCUUGGAUAAUCAUUGAAAAGUCACAGGAAUAAAAACACUUAUUAUCUACGUUAUUGUACAAUGCCAUUGUUUAUUUUUAUGUUUUAUAGUAUUCCUCAGUUAUAUGCAGAGCCUGGUAACCCAGCUUACUAGACAAAUACCAAGUUUAACAUGGAUAUACUGUAAAUAAUUGCUGUAAAAAUGCAACCAAAUUUCAACAGUUUUUUUUUUUGAAUGCAGUAAUAUUGUGAAUCAUAAUGCUUUAAAGAUGGGAUUUUGGUGAUGUAGGGCAGCAGUAAAGCAUUUUAGGGUAUAGAGGAUGUGCAGUCACGUGACCCAUCCGUGUGUACUCCGCCAUAUUGGACGGCUUCAGGAUUGUUUACCUUGUGCGAGCUUAAUGGAUCCAGGGAGUAAUCCCCAAGAAAAUUCGGAAAAUACCCAAUCUACAUCGCGCGAUAACUUGUCUAAGUUUGUUCAGCAUCUUGAAGGUGACGUGAGGCAGCGUUAUGUGGAAAAGUGUUCCAGGUUGGGGAUUGCAGAUCCGUACAACUUGCCGCAAUCCUUGUUCAGGGAAAUUCGGAGCUGCGGUGCCGGCGAUUUGCCCGAUCUGGCCUACCACGACAUUUACAAUUUUCUUGUUAAUCGUGAAUCGUGUUACACUGGCAAAGCCCUCAAAGCUUACAAGAGCCUGGAAGCUUAUAAAUAUUUUGUUGCGGGAUGGGUAUCCCAACUAUACCUCUGGAAGGUUCCGAAGAAGAAUGUCUACUUGAUAACCUCACGGGUAAGCGGCAUUAAGACGUUUAUCAUAAAGAGACUAUGCAGGACGUUUUAUCGUAAGAAUGUUCGAAAUCUAAACUCAGUUCCAGAUAAUGACAGGGUUGUAAAUAUGUAUGUUUUUGUCUGAAAAAAAAAAAUCACAAAUCACUGACUAUGCAGUUGUCAUUCAAUCCGAAAAUCAACUUAACAGAUAUACUAGGAGUAUUGAAUUAGAAGAUUACACCUACCUGAUAUGAAGUGUUCACUACAAAUUCGGCUGGUAGAACUGGGGUACCAGUUUUCUCUUCGCACAGCGGACACCCAUUUUGCGCGUCUCUCCUCGUCUGCGGGGAAUCUAUAAAAUGACAGGCCCUCCUUUUGGCCCUGUCUAUUGGUACAACCAGAUGCUGAACAAGAUAUAACCAUUCUCGAAAGAUCUACUCCCACACGCUUGAUAAUUAGAAUGGGUUCGUCUAAGUUCUAUGCGCGGCCAUGCCGUCCAAGAUGGCAGAUAAACAAAUAUCACGUGACCUUGUGACGUCACGUGCAUGCUCUCUAUAGAACAGUAUCUUCAGCUCCGUCCUCCAGUCGCACACAUCUGUGGAGAAAACAUUGGUUAGGAUUCAUUUCUCCACCAUUAACAAGGUAAGAUGUCUCAUUAAAAUUAAAUUCUUGUUCUCCUCUGUGUGGAAGUUUGGCUUGUUUGAAGAGAUUAUAUGUCUAGCUAAGAAAACCAAUACUACAUAAGGAAGCUAGUUUUAGUGUUGAAUGUGACUGGUUUGCUAAUGCUAAUCCUCGUUUCGUAGCUAGCUAGCUAACACAAACCAACACAUUUUAGAUUGUAGUACAUUAUUUUAUCAAUAAUUGGAUGACAGUCACUGAACGUUUAAAGAAGACAUCUUAAAAGAAGAAGAAAAGGUAGCUUGCUGUGAUAAGUUAGUUUUAUUUUGCCUUGUAUGGGAGAUAUUGAUCACUGAUCGAUUGCACAGUGAACAUUUCCUGGUGGCAUGUACUUUUCUGGUUAGUCGUUGAACAAGAUGCAAAACGAUGAAAUGAUGAUUUUACUUUAUAUUGAAACAUGUUCUUGUCACAUCACACAAUGAAAAACAGUGACUGAUAUGCAUUUCAUUUCCGCAUGGCAUGGUUUCUGCACGCUGCUCACUGUAAAACAAUACAUCAUAGUGACUGAUUUUUCCCCUCAUCCAAAAAGUCAUGUUUGCAUUUCAAGGUGGCAUGAAAUCCUCUCCAUAUGUUUCCUCACUCUAAAAGUCAGGAACUAAUUGCUGUUGUAUACUGAUGUGUUUCCAGGCACUUCAUUGGGAUAAACCCAGAGAGGUAAUCAAAGACUAGACUAGUGCAAAGAUGGUUUUAAAGAAGACAGGGAAAAAUUGUCAUCUAAAAAUCUAUCCCAGUAAACCCUCGCGUAUCCACUCUUCUGAAAAUUUUUAUGGACUUUGAGUGGGACUUCAUUUAGGCAAGUUUUCACGUAGACUUGGAUUUUUUUUUUUUAAAUAACAAAAAUAUUGUAAAAAUGAACCAAACUUUUAUUUGGAUUUUGUUCAGACAACAGACUCUGUUUUUAAUG